AUGGCUGCCACUUCCACUCUAUUCCCCUCCACCUUUACUCCUUUUACCGUGCAGACACAAUCCUCCCCCGAUGUCUCCAUCUCUGGUAUUCGGUCGUCUGAUUCAUCUUCUUCCCUGCCUCCCCUUCUUCUGCUGCACGGGUACCCAGAGACGCAUCAUAUGUGGCACGCUGUCGCAAGUCAGCUUACGUCUCACUUCUCCCUUGUUAUAAUGGACAUUCGCGGCUAUGGCGCCUCUUCCAAGCCCGCCAACAACACUGCUCUCUACGCAAAGAGCCACAUGGCCAACGACUGCAUCGCCGUCAUGGAUGCCCUUGGCUAUGCCAACCAGCCCUUUUACGUCUGCGGCCAUGAUCGUGGUGCCCGUAUCACUCACAAGCUCCUCGUCGAUCAUCCCACGCGCAUCCUCAAGGCCAUCCUCCUGGACAUAUGCCCUACCUUAGCAAUGUACAACUGCACAAACCCCCUUUUCCCAAAGGCCUACUUUCACUGGUACUUCCUGAUCCAGCAGUCCCCUCUUCCCGAAACCCUCAUCAACGGGGCUCCUCGCCAGGUCGUUGAGGGGUUCAUGUCUGGCAUGGGGUCCCAGAGUCUUUCCAUUUUCCACGAGGAUGCCCUGGCGGAGUACAUCAAGUGUAUGGAAGAUGAGGACUACGUUCACGCCACUUGCCAGGACUACCGGGCCGCCGCUACGCAUGACCUUGACGAACAAAAGGAUGAUCUCGCCAAGGGGAAGUUGAUUCAAUCACCAAUUAGGGUCUUGCUGGGCAAGAAUGGCAUUGUCAACCGUCUCUUUGACGGAAAGGAGGAGUGGACGAAAGUUACAGCCGAAGGUGUGCCUGUCGAAGUGGAAGCUGUCGACUCUGGCCAUUUCAUCCCAGAGGAGAUACCGGAUGUUAUUGUUUCCAACAUUCUCGAUUUCUUUCAGUAA